CUGAGCGUCACGUGAGCGAGCGCCGCGGGCGCAAAGCACGCCGAGAGUUGUAGUCCCGCCACCGUACGGAAGCCGGGACGGACGUGGGGGGCGAUGUGGCCCGAAAUACUGGUGGGGGGGGCCCGGGUGGCGGCUGGCUGGUGUCCCGCGCUGCGGCCUCGCCUCGCCGCCUGCUUUAUCCCGCAGUGGACGCCCGACAACCGCCUGGCUCUCCAGCGGAGCCUGCACGCGACGGCGGCCCGGGCUCUCCCGCUCAUUCCCAUCGUGGUGGAGCAGACGGGUCGCGGCGAGCGCGCCUAUGACAUCUACUCGCGGCUGCUGCGGGAACGCAUCGUGUGCGUCAUGGGCCCGAUCGAUGACAGUGUCGCCAGCCUGGUCAUUGCGCAGCUGCUGUUCCUGCAGUCCGAGAGCAACAAAAAGCCCAUCCACAUGUACAUCAACAGCCCUGGUGGCGUGGUGACCUCGGGCCUGGCCAUCUACGACACGAUGCAGUACAUCCUGAACCCCAUCUGCACGUGGUGUGUGGGCCAGGCCGCCAGCAUGGGCUCCCUGCUUCUGGCUGCUGGCACGCCGGGCAUGCGCCACUCCCUCCCCAACUCCCGCAUUAUGAUCCACCAGCCCUCCGGGGGUGCCCGGGGCCAAGCCACAGACAUUGCCAUCCAGGCAGAGGAGAUCAUGAAACUCAAGAAGCAGCUGUAUAGCAUCUACGCCAAGCACACCAAACAGAGCCUGCAGGUGAUCGAGUCAGCCAUGGAGAGGGACCGCUACAUGAGCCCCAUGGAGGCCCAGGAGUUCGGCAUCUUAGACAAAGUUCUGGUCCACCCUCCCCAGGACGGGGAGGAUGAGCCAGAGCUGGUGCAGAAGGAGCCAGUGGUGGCGCCGGCGACAGAACCUGCCCCAGCGAGUGCCUAAGAGCUGGUCCUCACCCUCCAGAGGGAAGCAGAGGGGCCAGGCGCCAGCCCUUCCUGCCCCUCACCACUGGGCCUGGAGGGGCCCCUUGAGGAACUCUGGAUUUGAGGGGUGUCCCUCCAGGUGGGCAUCCUGGCUGAGACACUGUGAUUUUUAAAUUAAAUAUUUGUAGUCUUUGCUCCCA